CCCCCGCCUUUUCACUAUUACCACACCCCAACGUACUCAAGUCGCUUACACCAACAAAACAAUGAAGGGUUACUUCAGAAACCCUUGCAGACUUCCUCUAUCGCACCAUCCCCGCCGCCAUCAUUCUCUUCACCUAUCAAUUUUACACAGGGAAAAAUCACAACUCCAGUGCCAUCCUUCCCUUAUCCACAUACUCUUAUAGCAACGGGGGCCACCUCAAUUUUACUGUUAGAGAAACCCAGAAACGAUAAAAAUACACUCUUAUUCGCACCAAACUUUUUCCCGAGGAGACUGUGGCGCCCAUACCCAUGCUCCGCCGUGUAUCCAUCACAAAGUAUCUGUUACGGCGAUAUGCUGUCGCCCGCCACCGCCGCCACCGCCGCCGCCACAAGAGCUAUGCUUACAUGUACAUGA